AUCUAGUCUACCCAUGCGUAUACUGGCGUAACCACGGUAAUCGGUUUGGUGGUUUGGUUGGUUUGGUUGUUGGAGGAAAAGGAGGAUAAGGAGGAUCAGUCGAUCAUUUUCGAAACGAGAUUAAAAUGAGUGUGAGGCGCUCCACGAGACUACUUAAUUUAAAAACAAAUGAGCAAACAACAAGCGAGAAUGCAGGCAAGAACAAUGACGAAGGGACAGACGAGGCCCGCUCCACGAGUCCGUCCGACUCCGGGGACGAGGAGUACGUUCCGAAGGCAGGCAAGGCAAGCUCGUCCGAAGAAGAAACGCCUGUCAAGCAAGCGAAAUUGAACGAUGGUUCGUCCGAUUCGAGCGAGGAACAGUUUGAACUCGACAGUCUGGCGGUCGAUUUGUCCGAGGAAGCAUCCUCCGGCGAUGACAGCGCAACGGCGGUGCCCAGAAGUCUCGAUGCCAAGGUCCACAAGACUGGCGAGGCAAGUGUAGCUUCCACAUCCAAGGUUCGUCGCAAGAACUUCCUUGCUGCAGUCCAGAGGAACCUUAACAACGCUGCGAGCAGUACUCGAUCGUUGAGUCGCGUUGUCGAAAGCACCCACGCGAGGUUCACGAAGAGAGAGGUUGCAGAGGAUAAUAGCCCGAGUACUAGUGAACCCGCUGCUCCUGGUGUGGAACUGCGAGACGAGAUAGCCGCGAUGCUGCACGAGAACGAGCUCGGCGGGCACCACCCGCAAAGAAAACGUGCCGCAGUGGGCCGGCGUGGGAACGCAGCGCCAAGUACGAGCUCUGCGGAACCGUCUGUUGCCGUGCGGAAGGGUCGACGGUGCGAAGAAGUCCGCAAAAAGGAUCACCCUAAAGGCACUAAGAGAAAGCCUGCGCCGAAAGAACCCAGAAUGACCGUGGAUGACAGCACAAGUGGUUCGGACUGGGAAGAGGUGUCUCAGGACGCUCCGGGAAUCCCGUCAAAUGGCGUCGUGAUUACGCUACAGCCUCAGCUACUAAAGCCGAAGAAGGCGGGUUUUGAUGCUGCGGCUCACUUGAAACGUGAGCUGAACCGCAUACGCAGAGAGAUCCGGGUAGCGACGCACAAGGUGCAUCUGCUUUGUCUUCUGGCCCACGGUCUUCGUUUGGAAAAAAUGUUGACGGACAGGACGUUGCAAGCAACAGCUCUGUCUCUGCUUUCUCCGGAAUUCCUCGCCUACAGUGGAAGAGCAGUCACUUUCAUCGACGUCGACCGGUUUGUCAAGAUGUACUGCAGGCACUUCUCCUGCAAGCUUGGCUGUGCUGGGGCGACUGGGACGUUGGUCGACGAUCUCACGGCAGCCCUGGUUAACAGGCUCGCGCAGUGUGCCAGGGACUAUGCGCUCAUGUUUCUCGUCAUCUUGAGGUGCCUUAGCAUCGAAGCCCGCCUUUGCCUGUCUCUUUAUCCGAUUCCUCUGCACGAGAAGGAGUCAGGGAGCCAGGGCUCUGAGAACGAUAACAAGCCGCUGGGAAAAAAGAAGGCCUCCAAGGCGACCAAAGGUCUCAAGAAGACUCCACCCCAAGAGCUGGAGCAGGACUCCUCUGACGAAGAAGAGCAGCAGAGUCAUGGGAACAGCAGCUCGGUCAAAAAAAAGAGGGUGCGCAGAGCGGCCAAGAAACCCAAGAAGGCGGAACGUCUAGAGGCACGGCAGGAACCUCCCGGCGAAGACGGGGUGGAGCACUGGGUGGAAGUGUUCACCCCAAAGGACUCGAAGUGGAUCCCCGUUGACGCGGUGCAUGGCAGUGCCGGCGACGUAUCCCAGAUCCGGCAGCCUCUUCUGUAUGUGCUGGGUAUCCAGGACGGCCGCGUGAGGGAGCUGACGGCAAAGUACUGCUCGGGUUGGCUCCCCAAGAGGAGCCGGGUUCGGGAGAACUGGUGGCAGCAGUCCCUCGAGCCCUUCCGGCCUGCCCCCUCUGAGAGGGACCUACUGGAGGACAAGCAGCUGGAGAGCAGGCUCUUCAGGCAGCCCAUGCCCUCUGCCAUUGCAGAGUUCAAGGGCCACCCUGUGUACGUGCUGAAGCGGCACCUGCUCAAGUACGAGGCCCUGUACCCCGCCGACGCACCCCCCCUGGGCUUUGUGCGGGGCGAGCCCGUCUAUGCUCGCGAGUGCGUGCAUGUGCUGCGCUCGCGGGAGGCCUGGCUGCGCGAGGCACGCAUGGUGCGUGUCCGGGAGGAGCCCUACAAGCGGGUCAAGGGCAGGGCCAAGAAGGACCUCCUGUCUGGCAUGAGCAGCGAACGCGAGCUGGAGCUGUUUGGCCUCUGGCAGACGGAGCCUUACAUGCCGCCCGUAGCAUUUGGGGGCAAGGUUCCUCGCAACGAGUGGGGCAACGUGGAGCUCUUCAAAAGCUGCAUGCUACCCAUCGGCACGGUGCAUCUCAAGGCUCCGGCCCUGGGACGUGUGGCGGCCAAGUUGAACAUCGACUGCGUGCCGGCCGUGGUGGGUUUUGAGGGACACGGACGUGGCGUUCACCCGGUGUUCGACGGCUGGGUGGUGUGUGAAGAGUUUGCUGACACCCUGAUGAUGGCCUGGCAGGAGGAGCAGGUCAACAUCUCCGACCGGCAGGAAGAGAAGAGGCAGAAGCGGGUGUUUGGAAACUGGAGGCGGUUAAUCAGGGGAGCGCUGAUCCGAGCUCGCCUGCGAGACAAGUACUUGGGCGACACCGGUGACGACUGAAGAGGGCGUUAGCCUCAGCCAUCGACGUGCUGACUUAACACGUGCAGGCACGUCUUGGUGCAGUUUUGAAUUUGUUUUGUUUUAUUAAAUGUCAGUUUCUGACAAGCGUG